AAAGUCGAAUGGCAAAACCUGCUGGAAAUCUCGGUCAUGCACGAGGCUGAAGAUCGGCGCUGCGUUAUGAAUCAUAUGACUGCAACAAUUCCCAAAAACUUCCUGUUCGAGCACAACAGAGUGAAAACAAGAGAAGAGGAUUGAGUGAGUGUCUUGUCAAAGCAGGGGCACGGAGAAAAGAGUCUUGCUGGAGACAAUGUGCAUAAGUUGUGGAGAAUGGAGGAGCUGAUAGUUGACAGGAGAGGUGAGGACGAGAGGAGCUUGAUAAAGACGUCGUCUGAUGUCCAGGCCAGGGACCGAGAACAUGACUCGUCCACGUCCACGCGUCAGACCCGCUCUGUCCAGCGCGGCUCGCCAUGUUUCGUCUACACCCUGGCCUUCUUCUCGGCUCUGGGUGGGUUUCUGUUUGGCUAUGACACAGGAGUGGUGUCUGGAGCCAUGCUGCUGCUCAAGAGGGAGAUGAACCUCAGCUCUCUAUGGCAGGAGCUGCUGGUGUCCAUCACUGUUGGCGCCGCGGCCGUUUCCUCUCUGGCUGGAGGGUAUCUCAACGGGCUUUACGGCCGGAGAGUCUGUAUACUGCUCGCCAGCUUCAUCUUCUCUGCUGGAGGAAUCAUCCUGAGCGUCGCACACAACAAAGAGGUUCUUCUGUGUGGGAGGCUCACGGUUGGGCUCGGGAUAGGGAUUGCGUCUAUGACCGUGACCGUCUACAUCGCUGAGGUGUCACCUUCUGAACUCAGAGGUCAGCUGGUCACCAUUAACACCCUGUUUAUCACCGGAGGGCAGUUCGUAGCUAGCGUGGUGGACGGGGCCUUCAGCUACCUGCCCCAUGACGGCUGGAGGUAUAUGUUGGGGUUGUCAGUUGUUCCUGCUGCGCUUCAGUUCCUGGGCUUCCUCUUCCUCCCAGAGAGUCCUCGCUGGCUCCUGCAGAAAGGAGAUACCCAGAAUGCUCGGCUGGUGCUCAGUCGAAUCCGCUGCGGUGACAAUGUGGAUGAAGAGUAUGAAAGCAUACGACGCAGCAUUGAGGAGGAGAAGAUUGAUGCUGGAGAGGGUCCAGUGUUGUGGCGUAUCCUGACGUUCGCUCCAGCGCGGCGUGCUCUGAUCGUGGGUUGUGGCCUACAGAUGUUUCAGCAGCUCGCGGGAAUCAACACGGUCAUGUACUACAGCGCCACCAUACUGCAGAUGUCUGGAGUACAGGACGAUCAGAUGGCCAUCUGGCUGGCUUCUGCCACAGCCUUCACCAACUUCCUGUUUACUCUACUAGGCGUGUGGCUCGUGGAGAAGGUGGGCCGCAGGAAACUGACUCUGGGCAGCAUACUAGGUACUGCUGUAAGUCUGAUGGUUCUCGCUGCGGGUUUCCUGCUCUCGGCUCAGGCCUCUCCACCCGUGACCUUUCACCCCAAUGACCCCUCCCUCCACAACUCCACAUGCAUUACAUAUGGGUUCUGUGAAUCCUGCAUGUUGAAUCCAGAUUGUGGUUUUUGUUAUGGUAAGAAUGGCACAGCCGUGGUUGAGUCGUCAUGCAUACCUGUGGACACAGCAAACACUGAAGCAGCUGCAGUGGGAAGGUGUUCCAAUGGCACCCAGGAGAGUGCAGGUGUAUUCUGGGCCUAUAACUAUUGCCCAACAUCUUACUCCUGGAUUGUUCUGCUGGGUCUCGUUCUGUAUCUGGCCUUCUUUGCUCCAGGUAUGGGUCCUAUGCCGUGGACGGUGAACUCUGAGAUCUAUCCGCUGUGGGCUCGGAGCACAGGGAACGCCUGCUCUGCCGGGUUCAACUGGAUCUGUAACGUCCUCGUGUCUCUGACCUUCCUUCAUGUGGCCCAGUACCUGACAUACUACGGUGCGUUCUUCCUGUACUCCGGUCUGGCUCUGCUGGGCUUUGUGUUUGUGGUGGGCUGUCUGCCGGAGACCAAGGGCCUGCGUCUGGAGGAGAUCGAGUCUGUGUUCGGGAGACAGCUGUGCAGCUGUGGAGCCGGUGGUACUCCCAGCGUUCAGUACAUCCGGGUAAACGGAGGAAACUACGGCUCUGAUGAAGACCUGACUGAUGAUGAAUAGACCCUGAUGAAGAUGAUUCAUGGUGCGAGGGAUGCUGUGCUUCUCAUUCCAGACAGUCAACGUUCUUGUUGACUCAUGUUUUAAAAUCAGUACACUGAUGCUUGAUAAUCAUCAAGAUAUCAUCUGCUAUUUCUGCCGUGAUCAUAUUUGCACAUGUACAGAUGAGUAGUGUUAUAGGCCAAUGUGGCGUUUGCUUAAGUAAAGGCUGUCUGGAUCCACGAGAACAGGAAGUGAGAUCGCUAUCCAAAUAUGUGCUCUGCAUUAACUUUAUUAAACUGAGCAAAUAGACCGCGUAUAAGAGCUGUACAAUCAUCUUUCUCAAAUUCGGAUACUAAUCUUUUAAUGAGCAGAAUUUCAGUAUCGGUGAUAAUCACGGCAAAUAAGCUUAAAUACAGCUUUAUCAUUUGUUAGUGUUUCAUUUACUCUGGUACUACACGCUAAACAUGUUCCUGGAUCGAAUUAUACAGGUUUUCUAUUAUUGGAAAGUCUUUCUACUUAGAAAUGCUGUGUCUUGUGCUGUUGUCAAAUGAUUAAUCGCGAUUAAUCGCAUCCAAAAUAGUUUUUGUUAGUAUAAUAUGUGUGUGUACUGUGUGUAUUAAUUGUGUACAUAUAAAUACACACACACACAGUACAUAUUUUGAAAAUAUUUACAUAUCUAUAUAUUCAUAUAAUUUAUAAAUAAGUACAUGUAAUAUAUAUAAAAAUAAUAUUAAUCUGAAAAUAUAUACAUGCAUGUGUGUGUACACAGUACACACAGAUUUUGUAAACAACAGCUAUUAUUUUGGAAGCGAUUAAUCGUUUGACAGCACUGGUGUUUAAAUCGGUGCGUUACGUGCUGUUUCUUUGUGUUGGUGUUCUCAAUAUAAUACUCACAGUCAGUCAUAAUAAGAUUUAACUAUUGUUCCCAAGAAGACUCUGUGAAGUUGAAGUUGCUGCUGAUAAAUGCUGUAUUUGUACAUUCUCAGAUGAAUAAAUGUUUCUGAAUGGUUGUGUGAGUCUGUUGUAGAGUUCGGUGGUCUCGGCUCCGUUCAGUCUCGUCCCGACCUGACCCUCUCUUUGACCUCUGUACCCCUCAUUUAGCCCAAACAGAGCACUGACCCACCAACUCUUCACACUAAAUAUUGUGAAUGUCUGAAUCAUUGUUAUUUUCACACCACUGAACGCUAAACACGUGAGAGACUUCCAUGUGUUCAGAGUUUAGUUGAUAUAAUCGAAAGACAAACGUCCACGAGAAUCUACAUUAAAGAUACACUUUAAUUAAUUAAAACAAUACUAUAAAAAAAUAUUAAUUUUAAUCAAUCUGAUUUUAUUUAAUUUGCUUAAAUUGACCACAAGGUUUCAUGCAAGGGUUAUUUUAUUUUUUACAUGUCUACAGUUAGCAGGCACUUGUCUUUUAUCCACAGGGUGAGUUGACCUGGUUUAGUGUCUCUAGUGUGUCUCAGAGGUGAGGGGAACUGAAGUGUACUGUACACUGUUAGAAAGUGUCCUGUGUCCUGUACUCUGGUAACGUGAGAGCGAGUAACUGGACACUGCAGUUUGGCCGGAGGUCAGGACACUGAACUCUUUCACCUCUGUUAGCAGCACUCACACUCAGUUCCUGAGUUGAAGGAAACCGUGACCGUUUUUACUACAGUGCACUGCCCCAGACCCCCUUACUGUGGAAAGAUUUCCCCCUUCGGCUUGUAAAACAUGUGUUUAAGUUAAAUGUAGAUUCAGGAAACCAGUGCUAUCAUAUUGUAAUGUUUGAAUGCUUUUAUCCUGGCUUAGAAA